CACUUGUUCAGAGCUUCUCCUUUCUCUUUCGAUUCUCAGCCAAAAUCUUUUGCAGCUUUUUCAUCACACAGACGCAACUUCACUUGGAGAUGGCCCGUACAAAGCAGACUGCCCGCAAGUCCCACGGUGGCAAGGCUCCUAGGAAACAGCUUGCUACCAAGGCUGCCCGCAAAUCAGCCCCAACUACGGGAGGGGUGAAGAAGCCCCACAGAUACCGCCCUGGAACUGUUGCUCUUCGAGAAAUCCGCAAGUACCAGAAGAGUACGGAUCUUCUGAUCAGGAAGCUGCCAUUCCAGAGGCUGGUCCGUGAGAUUGCUCAGAAUUUUAAGACCGACCUGCGGUUCCAGAGCCAUGCGGUGCUGGCAUUGCAGGAGGCGGCUGAGGCGUACCUGGUUGGUUUAUUCGAAGACACUAACCUCUGUGCCAUCCAUGCCAAGCGCGUCACCAUCAUGACCAAGGACAUUCAACUUGCUAGGAGGAUCAGGUGCGAGAGGAGCUUCUCCUUUCUCGUUCGAUUCUCAGCCAAAAUCUUUUGCAGCUUUUUCUUCACAAAGACGCAACUUCACUUGGAGAUGGCCCGUACAAAGCAGACUGCCCGCAAGUCCCACGGUGGCAAGGCUCCUAGGAAACAGCUCGCUACCAAGGCUGCCCGCAAAUCAGCCCCAACUACGGGAGGGGUGAAGAAGCCCCACAGAUACCGCCCUGGAACUGUUGCUCUUCGAGAAAUCCGCAAGUACCAGAAGAGUACGGAUCUUCUGAUCAGGAAGCUGCCAUUCCAGGGGCUGGUCCGUGAGAUUGCUCAGAAUUUUAAGACCGACCUGCGGUUCCAGAGCCAUGCGGUGCUGGCAUUGCAGGAGGCGGCUGAGGCGUACCUGGUUGGUUUAUUCGAAGACACUAACCUCUGUGCCAUCCAUGCCAAGCGCGUCACCAUCAUGACCAAGGACAUUCAACUUGCUAGGAGGAUCAGGUGCGAGAGGGCUUAGGGCUUAGGAGGAGAGGCUUUAUCACCAU